AUGCUUGUCGAGGAGCGCUCCAUUCAGCACACUGGGAAUGGCUCAUUCUACCGCUAUAACCCGUCGCUAGCGGUCGCUAUCGUGGCGGCUGUUCUCUAUGGAAUAGCAUUUAUCCUGACUUUAGUGCAAUGGAUCCGGUAUAAAUCAUGGGUCUGGAUUGUCAUGGUCGUUGCCGCAGCAAUGGAAGCAGUCGGCUACAUUGGCCGGUGUAUCUCUACCCAGAAUGUCACAGACAAGCCUGUCUACGUCCUGCAAUUCGCUCUUAUCAUCCUUGCACCGGUCCUCAUGGCUGCCUGCUGUUAUGUCCUAUUCAGCCGCAUCCUCUUCUUGAUUGUCCCUCGCGAGGAACGGACCUUCCGCUUGUGUUGGGUGCCCCCUCGGUUCAUCACCCCACUAUUCGUGGGGUUUGAUGUCGUUGCGCUUUUUCUCCAGCUGGUUGGAGCUGUUAUGAUCUCCUCGGUCGAUUCCACUGACACUGAUGCAGCCAGCAAGCUCAACCGGGGAAAGCACAUUGCCCAGGCCGGUGUUAUCGUACAGCUGAUUGCUUUUGGUCUCUUCUCUGUGGCUGCUGUCCGGUUCAAUUUCACAUCGAAACGAUUUACCAAGACCAUUCACGAGAGAUAUGAGAUGUUUGGCGAACGGGACUACAUUGUCGAUGGGAUUGCUAAGAAAAAGCACUGGCCCGCGUUAUUGCGCGUGGUGAAUCUUACUACUUUGUUGAUCUUGGUCCGUUCCAUUUAUCGUCUAGUGGAAUUUACUGAGGGUGUUACGGGGUAUAUCAAUCUACAUGAGUGGACCAUGUAUGUCUUCGACGCCUUGGUCAUCUAUCCUUGCGUCGCACUGUUCAUCUACUGGCAUCCUGGAAAGUAUUUGCCGUAUCUGGGCUUCCGUUUGCCCAAGCACGCUCGCUAG